AUGUCCAGCUCUGCGCUGACCCUGGGUCAUGUGUUUGUGCUGGUGCUGUGUCUGUCUGCGGCUGAGGACUUCGACUGGAGACACAACCAGCACAGCUCCUUCUAUUAUGGCACUUUUCCAACUGGAUUUUCGUGGGGAGCCGGCAGUUCGGCCUAUCAAACCGAAGGAGCCUGGGACAAAGAUGGAAAAGGACUCAGUAUCUGGGACGUGUUCUCCCAUAAAAAAGGCAAAAUCCAACAGAACGAGACUGGGGACACGUCCUGUGAAGGCUACUACAAAGUCAAGGACGAUGUCACUCUAAUGAAGGAGCUCAAGUUGAAUCACUACAGAUUCUCCAUCUCGUGGCCCCGCCUCAUCCCCACAGGCCUCAAGUCUGAUCACAUCAAUGAGAGAGGAUUGCAGUAUUAUGAUGAGCUGUUGGACACUCUGCUGGAGAAUGACAUCACUCCCAUCGUCACGCUGUACCACUGGGACCUGCCACAGGUUCUGCAAGAGAAAUACGGCGGCUGGCAGAACAUCAGCAUCGUCAGCCAUUUUAAUGAUUUUGCAAAUUUGUGUUUUGAAAAAUUUGGAAAUCGAGUAAAGUAUUGGAUCACCUUCAAUAAUCCGUGGUCUGUAGCAGUGGAAGGCUAUGAGACCGGAGAACAUGCCCCAGGACUGAAGCUGAGAGGCACAGGGGCGUACAGAGCCGCACACCACAUUAUAAAGGCUCACGCUAAAGUCUGGCACACGUAUGACACGCAGUGGAGAGCCAAACAGAAAGGUCAGGUCGGCAUCUCUCUGUCUGGAGACUGGGGUGAGCCUGUGGACAUCACGAACCAGAAGGACAUCGAGGCGGCUGAGAGAUAUGUACAGUUCUACCUAGGAUGGUUUGCCACGCCCAUCUUUCACGGAGACUAUCCCCAAGUCAUGAAGGACUUCAUUGGGAGGAAGAGUGCCCACCAGGGCCUUGGCACGUCUCGUCUGCCCACUUUCUCUCCUCAAGAAAAGAGUUACAUAAAAGGCACCUGUGAUUUUCUGGGCAUUGGUCACUUCACCACUCGUUACAUCACUCACAAGAACAACCUCCGUGGCAGCAGCAGUUACUUCCUGGACCGUGACCUGGCUGAGCUGGUGGACCCUCGCUGGCCCGACCCUGGCUCUGAGUGGCUGUACGCCGUGCCCUGGGGCUUCAGACGCCUACUCAACUUUGUCAAGAGUCAGUAUGGAAACCCCAUGAUCUUCGUGACAGAGAACGGCGUCUCUGAGAAGACGCCGUGCACAGAGCUGUGCGAUGAGUGGAGGAUCCAGUACUUCAGAGAUUACAUCAACGAGAUGCUAAAAGCCAUCAGAGAUGGAGUGAACGUGAGAGGCUACACGGCCUGGUCUCUGCUGGAUAAGUUUGAGUGGGACGAAGGCUUCACUGAGAGGUUUGGUCUUUAUUAUGUUGAUUUCAAAAACAAAAACAAGGCUCGCUACCCCAAAGCGUCUGUUCAGUUCUACAAACGCAUCAUCAGCUCCAACGGCUUCCCCAACCAGAGAGAGGUGGAGCUCUGGAGGAGGAAGGCUGUGGAGACGUGCUCCUCCAGUAACCAGCUCUUAGCUGCAGAGGAACAGCGGAGCACUGCUGCCAAUAUUCUAAGACUUAUCCAUGACCCGCUGACCAGCCACAUGGAGAUGGUCACUGAGAUCGUGGUUCCCACUGUCUGUACUAUGUCCAUUUUGAUCAGUGCUGUGUUGCUCAUGUUUCUGUUGAGGCGGCGGAGCUAGAGGAGGAGCUAGAGGCUCUGGGGGGAUCAAAUGUCUCAUUUGAAGUGAUUUAAAU